AUGGACAGAUACGUCAACUCCCAGGCCUCAUCAUCGAGUGUCUCUCUCGCCAGCGGGACUCCUCCCACCACUCCCGGAGCCACCAUCAGCGAGUUUUUCCCGGCCAACGCCAACCGAUCCAUCCUGGUGAUUGGCGGUCUCGGUUUCAUCGGCUCCCACACCUCUCUCGAGCUUCUCAAGGCCGGUCACAAUGUCAUUGUCGUCGACGACCUGAGCAACAGCUUCGCAGAUGUCUUCUCCCGCAUCCAGCAGCUUGCCAAGGAUUACUACGCCGAGGAGGGAAUCCCAGAGCAGGUGCCAACGCUCAAGUUCCACAAGUUCGACUACAGGUCGUCCCGCAUGCGCUACCUCCUCGAGACUGAGGUUGAUCCCAUCACCCGGGAAUCCCUCAUUGACGGCGUCAUCCACUUCGCCGCCUUCAAGUCAGUCUCCGACUCGAUCAAGUCUCCCAUUUCCUACUACCAGAACAAUGUCUGCGGCCUCGUAAAUCUUGUCGAGCUCCUUGGCGAGCACAACAUUCGCAAGUUUGUCUUUUCCUCCUCCGCCACCGUCUAUGGCACCAAGGCCGAUGACAACCUUCCCCUCCGCGAGGAGGAUCUCGUCCACCACGACGAGACAUACCUGGACGACGACGACAACGAGGUCGUGUGCAGGCCCGCCGUUGCCGGCCUCCAGAGCCCUUACGCCAGGUCCAAGUACUUCUGCGAGGCCAUCCUCGCUGACAUUGCCAAGUCCGACCCAGCCUGGCGCAUCGUUGCCCUGCGGUACUUCAACCCCAUUGGCUGCCAUCCUUCCGGCCUCCUGGGCGAGGAUCCCAAGGGCGUCCCCACCAACCUGUUUCCGGUCAUCACACAGGUACUCACCGGCGAGCGUGAGAAGCUCCACGUCUUCGGAAAGGACUGGACGACGCGCGACCAGACCGCCGUCCGUGACUUCAUCCACGUCUCCGACGUUGCCCGCGGCCACGUCAAGGCCAUCGACUACAAGGCCACCAGCGCCUUCCGCACUUUCAACCUCGGCUCCGGUACCGGCACCACUGUCAAGGAGGCCGUCGCCGCUCUCCAGGUUGCAUCCAACAGGUCCAUCCCAUGCGAGUAUGUCGGCCGCCGGGACGGUGACGUCGGCUUCUGCGUCGCCUCCAACAACCGCGCUGCAAAGGAGCUUGGCUGGAAAACCGAGGAGACCAUCCCUGUGUGCGCCAGGGACUUGUGGAACUAUGUCUCGAAGCACAAGGGCAUCAAGGCCCAAUAA